AUUUGAUUUGGGUACUUUUUCAAAGUUUAGCUCACCCACCACUGUACACGUGUUAUCAUUUUGGGUGUUUUCCUUCCCUAAUUAAGACAUUUAACUAUCUUCAAUCUGUUCUUUCCCUCCCAUAGAUAAUAAUGUAUAUUUAUGCACAUGAACUAUAUUAUUUUUUAAUUUUAGAAAUUUUGCUCUGAGCUACACACUCAUCAUGGCUGCUUCGUCUGUGCCUGGUUUGGUCAUAAGCUUGGCUUUAAUUGGGCUAGGUGGUUAUUGCAUGGCUAGCCAGAUUGGUUUGGGUUCGAGACUGUUGGCUCGUGAAGACCGAGCAUGGGUUUCUGAUAAUGGCACAUUUGCUUUUGGGUUCACUCAAGUGGACCAUCGUCAACUCUUUCAAUUGGCAAUUUGGUUCGCAGAUCUUCCCGGCGAUAGAACCGUUGUUUGGUCAGCUAAUAGAAACUCUCCUGUCACCAAAGACGCAUCUCUGGAGCUGGACGCCACUGGCAACCUCGUCCUCAUCGAUGGAAACACCACCAUAUGGAUGUCAAACACUUCCGGCACCGGGGUUGAAACGGCAGUCAUGACAGAAUCCGGCAACUUCAUCCUCUACACAAACAACAAUCAUACUGCUUGGCAAAGUUUUGAACACCCAUCGGACACUCUCCUUCCAAACCAACCAUUAACAGUCUCUGUUGAACUAACAUCGCCAAAAUCGCCUUUCCAUGGUGGAUAUUACUCUCUUAAAAUGCUGCAACAACCCACCUCAUUAAGCCUUGCAUUAACAUACAACUUGCCUGAAUCAUACGACGCGGCGCCUGAAUCUUACGCCAAUUAUUCAUAUUGGCCUGGACCUGACAUUUCCAAUGUUACUGGCGAUGUUGUUGCAGUAUUAGACGAAGCAGGAAGUUUUGGAAUUGUUUAUGGCGAAUCAUCUAGUGGAGCAGUUUAUGUGUAUAAAAAUGAUGGAGAUUAUAAUGGCUUAGCUUCUGCUACAAAUCAGUCAACUCGAUUGAGUAUCCUUCGGAGAUUAAUACUUGAGACGAAUGGGAAUUUACGUUUAUACAGAUGGGAUAACGAUGUGAAUGGGUCUCGCCAGUGGGUACCUGAAUGGGCAGCAGUGUCAAAUCCUUGUAAUAUUGCUGGUGUUUGUGGUAAUGGGAUCUGCAAUUUAGACAGAAGCAAAACUAAUGCUUCUUGUACAUGCUUGCCUGGUACUUCUAAACUUGGCAAUGGAGUACAAUGCUCAGAAAAUUCAUCAUCAAUUGGAAAAUGCGAUUCGCCAAAUGUAAAUCACGCAUCAGAUUUUCGGAUUUCUCCUGUGCAGCAAACUAAUUAUUAUUUUCCUGAUUUUUCAGUUAUUGCUAAUUAUAGCGACAUUCCUACUGUGUCUAAAUGUGGUGAUGCAUGUUUAUCAGAUUGUGAAUGUGUAGCCUCUGUUUAUGGUCUUGAUGAAGAGAAGCCUUACUGUUGGUUAUUAAGGAGCCUAGAAUUUGGUGGGUAUGAGGACCCUGGUUCUACUUUGUUCGUUAAGAUUAGAUCAAAUGGGUCGAUGGUUCCAGAUGGGGAUAAAAGCGGGUCAGGGGAAAACAAAGGGAAGGUCUUGGUGCUGCCGAUAGUUCUUAGUAUGACAUUUCUUAUUGGCCUCCUCUGCUUAUUAUUAUACUAUAACGUUCAUAGAAAAAGAUCUUUGAAAAGAGCAAUGGAGAAUUCGUUAAUUCUUUCCGGCGCUCCUAUGAAUUUCAGCUUCCGUGACUUGCAAAUUCGGACUUCCAAUUUCUCACAGCUGCUUGGAACAGGAGGAUUUGGAAGUGUAUACAAAGGAAGCCUUAUUGAUGGGACUCUAAUUGCUGUGAAGAAACUAGACAAGGUUUUACCUCAUGGGGAGAAAGAAUUUAUUACUGAAGUGAACACCAUUGGCUCCAUGCACCACAUGAAUCUGGUCCGUCUAUGGGGUUACUGCACAGAAGGAUCACAUCGUCUUCUUGUUUACGAGUUCAUGAAAAAUGGAUCAUUGGACAAGUGGAUCUUUCCUUCGAAUAAUUCCCGAGACAGAUUGUUGGACUGGUCUACUCGUUUCAGUAUAGCCAUUGCUAUUGCAAAAGGGAUCGCAUACUUCCAUGAACAAUGCAGAGAUCGUAUAAUACACUGUGAUAUCAAACCAGAGAACAUUUUAUUGGACGAGAAUUUCUGCCCUAAAGUAUCAGAUUUUGGACUAGCCAAAUUGAUGGGUAGAGAACACUCACAUGUUGUUACUAUGGUAAGAGGCACCAGAGGAUAUUUAGCACCAGAAUGGGUCAGUAACAGGCCUAUAACAGUGAAAGCUGAUGUUUAUAGCUACGGAAUGCUACUGCUGGAGAUAAUUGGUGGUCGAAGAAACCUCGACAUGUCUUUUAGUGCAGAGGAUUUCUUCUACCCCGGAUGGGCUUACAAGGAGAUGACAAAUUUGACGCCUUUGAAAGCAGUGGAUCAAAGGCUAAACGGGGUGGUUAAAGAAGAAGAGCUGAUGAGAGCACUGAAAGUAGGGUUUUGGUGCAUUCAAGAUGAAGUAUUUAUGAGACCUUCAAUGGGAGAAGUGGUGAAGAUGCUAGAAGGGUCAAUGGAGAUUAACAUACCUCCAAUGCCACAAACUGUACUGGAACUAAUAGAAGAAGGGUUAGAUCAUGUGUAUAAGGCCAUGAAAAGAGAACUAAAUCAGUUCAGCUCUUUCACAAUCACUAGUCAUGAUCCAUCAUCUCAGGCUACUUGUAGUUAUUCAACAAUGUCGCCUAGAUAGCCUUCAGGAUAAAGGUUUAACACGCAAAUUUUGUUUUCCAAUGGAAAAUGCUCGUGCUAGGAAAAAAAAAAAAACCACAUUCUUAUAAUUAUUCAAUUAACAAAAGGAAUUAAAACCGAAGCAGGUAGGAUUAUAAGUCUUUUCUCGCUAUUAUUGUAUCAACUUUAAUUGCUUUUGCAAUUGUAAUAUCAUUGGCCUGUCUUUUUUUUUU